CCUACUUGCUCCUUUCGUACACAAAGUCAAAAAAAAAAACCCAUAAAACAAUGGCAUCUCAAACCAUAGAGAGCUAUCGCGAGGGCGCCGAGAUCGUCCAUGGCGACGCUGUUUGCAAGAAGAAGUCUAUCGAAUUGCUCGAAGAGCUCAGCCUUCCGAAGGGACUCUUCCCUUUGGAAGACAUCGGGGAGUUCGGCUACAACCGCGCUGUUGGGUUCAUAUGGUUAGUUCAGAAGAAGAAGAGAGAGCAUACGUUCAAGAAGAUAAAGCAGGUGGUGUCAUACGCCGCGGAGGUGACAGCCUUUGUUGAGAAGGGCAAGCUGAAGAAAGUAACAGGGGUGAAGGUGAGGGAGCUUCUGCUAUGGCUCAGCGUGGCGGAAGUGUUCAUUGAAGACCCUACGAUUGGAAAAAUCACUUUUAAGACCGGCACGGGGCUAGCCGAUAGCUUCCAUGUUUCUGCGUUUGAGCUCGGAGAGUAGAGAGAAAAGGAGAGAGAAUGAGAGGGACACAUGAUGAAUUUAAACUUUUCGGGUUAGUGCUAUGUACGUGGUGUUAUAUGAAGAAUUUACUAACUUAUAGUUUGUAAUUUUACGUGGGUGGUGUUCACAAGUAAUUAAUUAGUUUAGGUGGGUUGUGCCGUCAUGUUCUACUAUACCUCCAGUGUACUGUAAUAUUCAGGUCAUCUAAUGUUCAAUAAAAUUAUUUAUUUUAA